GGUAAACAUUCCGUGCAUCGAUCCCGCGCCUUCCAACCACCCGUCUCGCGGGUCGGUUUCUCGGUGUGGGCAUCCAACCGCCGUGGCGUGGCCGCCCUCCGCCAACCCUUCCAAAACAACCGCAAGACCGAUGCAUGCCCUCGGUCCGAUCCCACCGGAUUUGCAUUCGCAUUCGCAUUCGCAUUCACGUUCACAGCACAUCGCCGUCGCGGUAGGACGAAUGCCCGCCUCCCUCGUCGUCGCGGUAGGACGUCCGGAAGGCGUCGCCGCUUUCCCCGUAGCCCGCGCCGGAAUCAUCGUCGCCGUACACGACGUCCUGGGCCACCCGCCGGGAUUCCAGGAGGAACUUGGAGUAUUCGUCGUCUUCUCCGAUCUCGUCCGCCACGUCGCCGUACCCGGUGUCGUCGUCGUAAUAGGGGGCGUCGCUCUGGCUGGGAUCGAUGUUGCUGUAGUCGUAGUUGCUGAACUCCUGGUUGCUGUCGUGUUCGGCGGUGGCCUCGUCCAGAAAGGCCUCGUCCGGCAGCGACCGGUUGGUGUCGCCGUCCUCCCCGUUUUCGGUGCCGUCUCCGCCGCCGGUGCCCGAGCCAUCCUUGUUCUUUUUCUUGCGGUAGAACAUCAUAUACAUGGCAAAGAAGGCGCAGAACGGAGCGCAGCAAAGCAGCAGCAACAGGAGGAUGAGCCACAGCAGGUUCUUGUUCCAGCCCUCCGGCUCCUCUUCCGGUUCCACGUAGUUGAGUUCCGCGACGUGGAUGUCGUAGGCCGGCUGGUCGUACGGGGAGAUGCCGUCCAGGAAAUCGUCGUCGGGCCGCGGGACGAACAGCGCCGGCCGGAUCUGGUCCUCGUGAAAGGCGUUUCCCGGGUAGACCUCGCCGUUUCCGACCCUCAGAACGCACUCGUACUCGGCCGGGUAUGGGAUGUAGGUCCCCGUGUAGUCCAGAAACUGCCCGCCCCGGGGGACCGCGGUGCGGCCCUUGUCUUUAUCGGGGCACUUUCCGGCCAGGGCCGUUGGGUGGUGGAUCCUGUUCAGGUCGGGUUCGUGUUUGACGUUGGAGUCCUUCGUGCCUUCCCCGCCUCCCCCGACGUUGGUAGGGACGCAAAAGCGCAUGCACGGGAUCUGGGGAUCCAGGUCCCUGUCGAAGGAGUGGUAUGCCUCCCCCUCGUCGGUUCCGGCGUCCCAAACAUAGCUCUUUACGACGAUGCGAUUGUAGUAGGUCUCGGUGUCGUAGCUGAUGGUCCGCAGGUCGGAAAAGCCUACGAACCAAUCGGGGGAUGGCGUGAUCUUCGUCAUGGCCGACAGGAACGGGUGUGUGUAGGUCACAUUGAUGGGAGGGAGCUCCUGAGAUUCGGUGGUGUUGAACAUGCGCUCUCCGACGAUCAUAUGGAGGGUUUCGAACCCCGCGUUCUGGAACUCGUUGUACAUGAUGGUGGGAAAUCCUUGCUGUGGUGUUGCAAAUUUCAAUUGCAGUUGGAAUUUUUUGGUCAUGUUUGGAGCCGCGAUUGUUGUUGUUUGUCGUGUGUUGUUGUGCAUUUGUCAUCAUUGCCGUGAUAGAAAGAGGAGUGUAGAUAAGAACAAAACGAGCAUUAGCUGGUUAGUACAUCCGAGUAUUCUCUGAUUGUUUUGGGCCACAGGAUAAUGAUUUACUGUAUGCAUAAAAAAAUACAGCAUGCUAAGCAAUACUACGUUGGACCAGUCUCAACGAUUCCAUUGCAUUGCUAUUCAUCGCAUUGCAUCGCAAUUCGUAGCAAUUCGAACCAAAAAUAAAACGCACCUCCGCAAGAUACUCCACACCGGCGGUGACGGUCUCCGUCCCCGUCCACAUGCGCCAGUCCUUGGAAUGGCUAACGAUGGUUGGGGCGCUCCAGGAAGGGGACUUGGGGAAAUCUUUGGGGUGCCGCUCUCCGCUCCACUUGCCCCGGAAGGUGCAGUAGUACCGGAGGUCACCGGGGUAGUGCUGGUUGAUGUUGCUGAGUUCGAAUUCCUCGACCCGGAACGUCUGCUCUCGCCGUGCUCCCGGGGGUUCGUUGAACUGGGCUAGGCAUCCCGGUAUGGUGUACGUGUUGGUGGCCGAUAGGAGCAGCAGCAACAUCAGGGGAAGAACGCCGAGCGAACGCGCAUUAGCGUUCAAGGGCUUCGUAGCGGUGACGGAAGCGGUGGCUCCCAGAGAAUCAUGCGCACGAGUUGAUCGUCCUCGCCGAUGUUUCUUACAAUUUUCUAGCGAGUUGUUGUUUGUCAUCAAACGCAUGGUUGCUUUGGACUUGCUCGAAUCCGGAAUAGUGACAAUAGAGACGUUUAUGUUGU